AUAACAGCGUGUCCAUGGACCAUGGCUAUUAGGGUUCCACUUUGAUCCCUUCCGAAGGCUAAGCUACUGCUCCCCAACUCGUCCAUGAAAUCGUUCAUUCUCAAGAUAUCGAAGAGCAGGAAAAAGAGAACAGAGAAAGCAAGACCGGCCUGCCAUCAAGAGAUGGAAGCUAAUAGAAGAAGGGAAGGAGGAGUGGAGAUGAGGAAGCUUCAUAUAGUUUACUUCCUCAGCCGAAAUGGAAAGACUGAGCAGCCCCAUCUAAUUCGUGUUCAUCAUUCGAGCAACAAUGGGGUUCACCUACGAGAUGUUAAGAGAUGGCUUUCAGAGCUUCGGGGAAGAGAAAUGCCGGACUCCUUUUCUUGGUCUUACAAGAGGGUACUGGUUUAUGAAUACAUGAGCAAUGGUUCUCUUCAUCAAUGGUUGGUCAAUAAAAGGCAUUUCAGAGACAAGGAUGGCUGGCCAUUGAGGCUCAACAUUUCCAUUGGAAUUGCUAGAGCUCUAUCUUACUUACACCUAGAAUGCAAGCAGUGCAUACCUCAUGGAAAUCUGAAGCUGGAAAAUGUCUUACUUGAUGAGAACAUGACUGUUAAAGUUACUUAUUUUGGCCUCCAUUCCUUAUUAGAGAAGGAUGUUGCCUCUUCGUCCGAGAGUCCUUUGGAGAGAGAUAUUUUCAUGUUUGGCCGGAUUUUACUUCAGAUUCUUUCAGGAAAGAUAUGCACCGAUGAUGACGAACUAUGUGAUUCGGCUUAUCAGUUGUGCAAGGUUGGGAAGUUGGGUCAGUUUGUUGAUUCUCAUUUAUUAGUUGGGGAUGCUGAAAUAGAUGAAAGAGUGGUAAGAUUAGCUCUAUGGUGUAUUCAGAAUAAGUCAAGUCUUAGGCCUUCCAUUGGUGAAGUGGUGAUGGUUUUAGAAGGGGCCCUUUCCUUGGACAUGCCUCCAGCAAAUGAAGCUUUCCAUGUUGGGUUCCAUUGA